AUGUUAGGGAGAGCUCAGGUUGGUAGUGAUGAAGAGAGUGAUAUGUGGAAGUUAGUAUGGAACCUCGGCGGCCCUCCAAAGUUAUCACAUUUUGUGUGGCAAGCUUGUAAAGGUAGUAUGGCGGUAAGAGGAGAGUUGUUUCGGCGUCACAUUGCACUCGACGAUUUAUGUUCUUGCUGUGGUCUUGAAGUAGAGACGAUAAAUCAUGUGUUAUUUGAAUGUGAGGUGGCGAAACACAUAUGGGAUGGUAGCAACUUCGCAAGUUUGAUCAAUGGGUGCCCUUCAGUUUCGUUCCCCCGUAGGCUGAGGUGGAUUGCGAGCAAAGUAAGCAUAGAUGAGGUACGAUGCAUUUUAACAAUGGCGUGGGGCAUUUGGUUCUGUCGUAACAAAUUUGUGCAUGACCAAACCAAGGUGGAUGCUCCCUCUACUAUAGCAGGAUUUUUGAAAUUGGUGGAUGACUAUCGCGCAUACUCGGGUAAGGUGUUUGCCCCUAUUACUACUACUCAAUAUGCUUGUUUAUCAUCAUCCUCAUGGGUCCCCCCUCCUAGUGGAAUUGUGAAAGUUAAUAUUGAUGCGCACAUAAUGGAAGGAGAAUAUGUUGGUUUGGGCGUAGUUAUAAGGGACAUGGCUGGUGUUGUUCUUGUUGCUGCAACAAGGAGGAUUAAGGUGGGUUGGAAUGCAUGCACUAGUGAGGCAGCUGCUGCACGUUAUGGUAUGCAGGUAGCUAGGAGAUGUGGGUACAAUAGCAUAUGGCUCGAGAGUGACGCGCUCAAUGUGGUAAAAGCAAUCGAUCGACCGACAAUAGGUUAUUCGCCUUUGUUUCUCAUUUAUGAUGAUAUUAACAUGUUAUCUAAGUCGUUUAAUGUUUUCGUAAUCUCUCAUGUUAAGAGGGCAGGGAAUACGGUAGCUCAUCUCGUGGCAAGAUGUGAUACAAAAGAUAGUUCUGAAUUAGUUUGUAUGGAAACUAUUCCCCAAAGUAUCCUAUCUUUGGCGGUUUUGGAUUUGCAAUAA